AUGACCAGAUUCACGAUCUUAGUGGAUAUAAGAGGCGAAGUCGAAGGCGAAGUCGAAGGCGAAGGCGAAGUUCAUUUAGUCCUCUUCGAUGUACUGUAUACAAUCGCUUUCAUAGUAGGGACCAUCGGUAACUCACUAGUGAUCCUGGCCGUGCUUCUCUCCAAAAAGCUCCGUACGACCACUAACGCCUUCGUGGUGAAUCUGAGCGUAGCGAACGUGCUGACCUGUUUCGUGAUACCGGUUAAUGCCAGUUACGUCAGCGAAUUACUUUUGAAGAUCUGUGGCAAGCUGGCAAAAGGGGCCGACUAUAUUCUACUCACGACUCUCGGCUGCAGCAUCUGCACGUUGAUGUGCAUCGCCCUUAACCGCUGGCUGUUAAUCACACGACCACUAACCACCUACCGAAAUGUGUACACGCCGAAGAAGACCGCUCUGUGGCUGGUGUUCACUUGGGUGAUACCUUUGGUAUUCGUCCUUACUUCAGAUUUAGUGGUGCCCAUGACUUUGGAUACCACAAACGUCGUGAUAGCAGUUGUAAUGUUUCCGAUCCCUCUGAUCCUCAUCAUCGUAUGUUACAUUCUCAUCUGGAGACGUAUCAACCGCCAGGUGAGGAGUAUGGCAAGUUCUAGCCCCACACUUGAGGUAUCCAACGAGCCCAUUCACAACUCUACUACGGAGACACAACUUGAUGACAUCCUGAGAGACAGCACCCAACCCCAAGCCAGUUCGAGUUCCGUAAUGACGACCGGCGACCAACUGAGUCACCAUCAGACCCAGAUAACCAAGAACAUGUUCUACAUCGUCUGUGCCUUUGUGUUGUGCGUGGGUCCAAGAGCCGUUUGCUUUUUCCUGGACAGUAAUGAACUUUCCAAACUUGUCGCAAAGUAUGCCUUUGCAGUUCUGGUGUUCAACGGCUGCAUCAACCCCUUGAUCUAUGCGACAAAGCACCGUGACUUCAAGACCGUCUUCCGCUGCAUCGUGCGUCGCCAGUGGGACAAUAUCCCAGAACCCUCGAAUUUUCUGAAGGCUGUGAAAAGGAGCAAAUGCUGCUGUCAGAGCAAUCCUGUGUGA